GUGCAAUCUUUGAAAACCUAGAGAGAGUGUAAAGAAAAACGUAUCUGAAUGAGGUGCCUGAUCCAGGCUUUUGUUGGAAGUUAUGCCAACAUCAUCACGGACCGUUACACUGUAAGCCAGCGGGUACAAUCUUAUCUAAUCGAUGGAUCAGUCUGGUCAGGAUCUAUUUAUUGUCACUGGUGCUUCCCCUUUGCAAAAGAACGAGAAUUUGGAUCUUGAGUCUUUACUAAUAGGCAUUCCCGAGAGUCCUUUCCCAGGGCAGAAUAACAAUGGGGUAAAUGCAGAAAACCACAGGAACGGGCAAACUCUCAAAAGGGACCAGGUUGAGCACAAUAAAACAGUAGAUGUCGGUGGGACAGAAACAGCGGCUUGUUUGCCAAAUGCGUCGCCGGUUUUCUUCGAGCAACAAAGCGGCGAGAAGAGUUGGUGUUUGGCAGAAAAUGAUUUACAGAAGAAACUUUGCCCAGGGAGGUUACAGCCGGCAGGACGGGAAAUCAGCCCUGGCGAGGGGGAUCUGGUGUGCAGCGAAACUUCAGGCUGUGCUGCCCCCACUAGAGAGGUGGGUGAAGAAUGCAGCAUUAAUGCGGAGGCUAGGAGCCAGGAAGGUGCUGACGGUGUGAUUGCAGACACAGCAGCCCAGCUUCCGCACGGCAGAGUUGGACAGACUGAAGAGAGAACUAGUGCCAGCAAGGGCGGCUCAGGUGUGGGCAAUGCACAAGGUGAAGAGGAGCCGGGGCUGCUGCAGCAGAACGGUCGAAGGCUGGGAGCUGGGGCUGGGAUGGACACACCUGGGCAAGAGGCAGGGGAGCGGCCGAAGGGGGGCGGCGGCUCGCCGGCUCUGGAAGCCGGCGCUGACAGCCUGACAGCUGGUGGAGAGGAGCGGGAGGAGGAGGAGGAGUUCAGCUCAGGCGAUGAUGGCAGCCCCGGCGAAAACUCGUCCUGUAGCUUCGGCUCGUCCCUCUGCUUCUCAGCGCCGUCCGGCGAUGAGAAGGAGCCGGGCUCGGCGGCGGUGUGGGCAGUGGGCCGGGUGGUGAAGAGCCAGCGGCAGCUGAUUAACAACAACAUCGGCCUCCAGGAGCAAGGGGAGCGGGGAGCAGCACCUCUCACCUACUGGAGCCUGGAGGCUGGCAGCGGCCCUGCCCCGGUCCCGGCCUCGGCCCCACCCCAGUCCCCGGCCGAGCCCGACCUGGUGAUCGAGGUGUCGGGCCGGAGGAUCCGGGCUCACAAGGCGGUGCUGGCCGAGCGCAGCGACUUCUUCCGGGCCCGCCUGUCCCGCCAGUUCCUCAGCCUCCGCGGCCUGAGCUUCGAGGCGCUGCGGCUACUGCUCGACUACUCGUACGGGGCGGGCAUGGCGGCCCGGGCCGACAACGCGGCCGAGCUGAUCGCCGGCGCCCAGUACCUGCAGAUGCCGUGCGCCCUGCACUCGGCCGUCGACUCGCUCAAGGGGCAGCUGGAGCUGGGCAACUGCCUGGAGCUGCUGGGCCUGGCCAAGCGGCAGCGGCUGCCCGAGCUCCGGGAGGCCGCCUACAAGUUCAUGAGCGAUCACUACCUGCAGGUGCUGCGGGAACCCGCCGUCUACGGGCGGCUGAGCGGAGCCGAGAGGGAGCUGAUCCUGAAGAGGAGGACGGCCCAGGCUGAGGCUCAGGCCCGGGGCGGGGCCUCGUCCUCGAGUUCUGCAGGCGCCGGCGAGUGCUGCCUGGUGCUGGCCGACGUCAACGAGGUGUACGAGCGGCCGUCGCCCGGGGCGAGCCGGCCGGUGAGCCGGGAGGGCAGCCGCUCGCAGAGCCCCGAGCCUGGCUCGCCGGAGCUGCCCGAGGCCGCCGGCCCCGCCCGCUGGCUCUACCGGCACGACCCGACCGCUGACCAGUGGCAGCGGCUGAGCCCCAUCCCCGAGGCGGCCGCCGACACCCGCGGCUGCGGCCUGUGCACUCUCUACAACUACCUGUUCGUGGCCGGCGGCAUCCGCGGCUCGGGGCCGCGGGCCCGACCCUCCGACCGGGUCUUCAGCUACAACCCGGCCACCGGGGAGUGGGCCGAGCUUCGGCCCAUGAGACAGGCCCGCUCGCAGCUGAAGCUGGUGGCGCUGGACGGCCAGCUGUACGCCAUCGGCGGCGAGUGCCUCUUCAGCGUCGAGCGUUAUGACCCGCGGGCCGACCGCUGGAGCCCGGCCGCCCCUCUGCCCCGCGGCGGCUUCGCCGUGGCCCACCAGGCGGCGGCCUGCUCCGGCUACAUCUACGUGUCGGGCGGCUCCCUCUUCUACCGGCUGCUGCGCUACGACCCGCGGCGGGACGAGUGGCAGGAGUGCCCGUGCAGCAGCAGCCGCCGCCGCUCGGCAGACAUGGUGGCGCUGGGCCGGUACCUGUACCGCUUUGACCUGGAGCGGGAGAGCCGGGCCAUCGCCGUCUCCAAGUACAACACGGUAGCCCGGCUGUGGAGCGAGUGCGGAUCGCUGCUGCCCCCCGCCGCCUCCGCCUCCUCCUCCUCUUCGGCCUCGGGCUCCCCGUCUCAGCCCUUUCGCUGCGCCCUCAUGGGCCGCGACAUCUACUGUGUCAACCGGGCCUGCAUCCUGCGCUUCACCCUGGCCGAGGAGGACGAGGAUCAGACCGGGCCUAGGCCUGCACCUUUCCAAAGCCGGAAGCUCCAGCCGUGUGUGGAGGGCAAAGGGCUGCUCUUCCCUGCCUUCCUCACCUUCCCUGACAGGAGCCCAGCGUCUCUCCACAGCAAAGUGCCCUGAGACAGCCCAGCAGCGGCACCAAGGGGGGAAACUACACUGCAGCCUUCUUACUGACAUUGGGCAAAACAACAAGCUGCAGCUGGAUUUUAAAAUCAUUCCAAGCCACGCUGGAAUUACCCUAUGGCCAUGACACCAAAAUUAUUUACUGCUUCAAUGAAUCACGAUUGUAAGUACAGUGAAACACCACAGUUUCUGUCAAAAGGGGUGUGGUAGUGGACAGAAGAUUCUGUGCAUUCCUACUGCCACCUCUGAGUUGGUGACCAACACUUUUGGGGGCACACCCAUGCCAAGGUGAAAGGCUGCAAAUCUGAAGACUACCGCAUGCGCUGAAAUGUUGUCUUUCGUGUCUGCGGGUGGGAUGCUGAUUACCUUUGGGCGAUAGUAUGAAAUGGGCUAAUCUUGAAUAAGCCACCUGUUAUACAUCUCCUUAUUAAAAUCAGGGGAGAUGCAUAACACAGCAGCUGGUCAGAUAAGAUAGUGGCCGUUUUACACUAUCACCUGAAGUCAGGCUUGCCUCCCUGGCUGUGAAACGCCCUGUGGAAAGUUGUGGCACAUUGGAUGCAGAGGAGAGGUCAGUUAGUGGUAAAGGGUGUUGGGGGUAAUGGAUAGUGCAGAUGGUGCAAGUCUCCACACUACAAAUGUUAACACUGUGAAUUUUCUCUGGAAUUUUCCCAAGCGCCCACCAUAAUUUUGUUGGAAAAUUGGCAGUAAUGAGAAAUUACAGAGGUCAGUUAAGAGAACCUUCCCAAAAAAUUGCUUAUCAUUGGUGUCCAUAUUACAAAUGCUAACCUGAUUUUCUCAGAUAUUAAUGGACCUUCUCUGUAUUUCCAACAUUUUCUAUUCAGUAUAUUUGAGAAGUUGUGAGCUUCCUGGAAUUUGCCGUAAAGUGGUAAUUCUGGGAUGAAGUAUUAAAAUAUGAACUUGAGAUGUUGAUAAAACUCAUGUGCGUUUUGGAUUAUUAGCAUGCCAAUAUCAAUACCAGUUGGAGUUUGCGUAUUGGAUUUCUUCAUGUUUUUCUAAUACCUGAAUAGAUGUGUGAAUUACAAUGUCAGGAAUUUUUAUUGCUUUAUUACUAACUAUUAUAUCCCUGUGAUAAUGUUUAUUACCGCUUGAUAAAUUGACAGGGGUGAUAUGACAAUACUUGCUGCACUGUGGAUGCCAUCACAUGAAUGAUACAGAGCACAUGUCAUAAACCAAAGGACAGAAUUAAAUAAAAACUGUUUAAACAGAAUGGGCAAUGCAAGUUAAGGCAAACUCUAAACUUAGUAGGUGUGGAUUGAACUGAAAAUAAAAAUCACAUGGAAAAUAUUAUUUGAAAUAACUUGUGAAUUACUCAGUUUAUUUUAUAUGCAUAUGUAGUGGAUGUGCAAGUAACAUUCUAACUUUACUUUUAAUGGUUAUACCUCUUUUGAGUCCAUUGAGAUUAUUGCCUUGAAUUCACUACCAAAUAUACACCUGAUACUAAAGCAGUGAUUAGUUCGAGUAAAUUUUCACAAGGGUAAUUUUACAUUAUAUUAAAAUAGUUCAAUAAUGUCAUGUUGUCAUCUACUGGUAUUCAUUGCCUGUUGUUAUUACACAGCCUGUGAAAUUAUCAAAUACUAGUAUUCAAGUGCUUGUUUUGCUUGUAUGAGAUCCCUUUCACCAUUAUUUUAGCCGAUGCACAAGGGGUUUUGUUAACUCUUGUACAAAAAUGGUGAUCAGAGGAAAUUCAAGGGAAGGGAUAACUUUGUACCUCAUAUCCCAUGGUGUAAUCCUCAGGGCAGGGAGAAUAGCAGAUGUUUUGCACUGAUUAUAUUACAGUAGUCCAACUGAUUCAGGUUGGAUUUAAAACAUGAAAACAAAAAUUGACUUGUGUACAGUUAUCAGUUGAAUUUUCAUUGACCAAGUUUGAAGUAGAGCCUCAACUUUCAUUGCCCAAUAUUUGUUUAUAUGUACACUCUUAUGUGGGAUUCUUAAACUUUUAUGCCAGCACACAAUUUCAUUGUUAAGAGAUUGCCAUUGUUUGCUGUGCCCUCAAUGUACAACAAUAUUAGCACAUAAGGACUAACUUAAUGUCAUCCCUCCCAAGUUCUUGAGGAAUAAACUGUAGAUAAUUAGUGCAGAUUCUACAUCACCUAAUACAUUGCAUGCAAGCUGCCAAUGUUCCAAUGCAUUAGCUUUACCUUUAUCAGGUUAUUAAGAAAAUUGAAACCCAUUAGUUGCAACUGCUCAGGAUAAGCUUGUAAAUUGUGAUAAAACAGGAAUUUCUAUAAAGUGGGAAGGAGCAAAAUGCUAAAUUAAUCUGGUGCAUAAUAACCAUAUCUGAGUAAAUUUUAUACUAGAGUGCAUACAGGAUAACACGGUCACAAAACUCCGCACUCCCCCUUCCAACAUAUAAAGUAUCUCAGAAGUUUAAUGAACAAUUGACUCGCUACACCGAUGCAGAGGACACAGUGCUAAAUCUGUAACUUUGGGAAUUUACAGCUCUGGCACAUCUUCAUUCCCAUCCUCUGUUUUUGCUUCUUUCAGAAGAAGACAUUGGCCCACAUUUAUUGGAGUAGGGGAAUUUUACAGCAUGCCCCAUUUGUCACUUAUUUUCCUCCCUCAUCUUUAAAAAUGUUUGCGCCAUAAAUUGUUGAAAGUGCAAGCUGAUAAGAGUACAAUCAGGGCAUUUGGGACCUUGGUAAAGUGAUUUAUCUGUUGAGAUUUAUGGAUAGAAAAAGAACAGAGGAAUGGAGGAGAAAAAGAACAGAGGAAUGGAGGAGAAAGAAAUGGGGUGAAUUAGAGUCAUGUCAGUUACAGAAAGAGAAAUAAUGAAGGAAAGAUUGGAUUACGAGAAGAAAGAGAUAAAAAGAGAAAGUAAGAUAAAGAAUUUAAUUUUGAAAACUUCAAGAACAACUUACUACCUGCAGGAAUUUGACUCCACAGUUUCGAUUGUUUGCUUUUUGGGCCAGGGAGGUUGAAUGGUAUUGUGCAGGAAGUAAAUCACAUCAUGAAAGUGGUCUUUGUCAUUUAUUACCAAUCCUAACUGCAGCAAAUGUAUUUAAACAGCACAAAUACAGCAAUUUCUUGAUGCAGGGUGUUUGAUGAUUUCCAUUUUCAUGAGGCCAAAGGCAAAAUGAUAGAACUUGUCCAGCAAUUUGUAACGAUUCAUAAUUCAUGGUUUAUCUCUUCCUCAACCACAAAUUGCUGGGUUGUUUACAUACAAAUGCAGCAAGCACAGAAAGCUUGUUAUUUUCCCAGCCAACUCUGGACCUUGACUUCUGCAUCAGUAAUGCCCAGUUCCUUGAUAUUCUCAUUAGCUUGAGCUUGCAAACGGUUGUUCAUAAAGGAAUUCUUGGAGCUUGUUCUGUGAUUAAACCACCUAAGUAGUGCUUCAUCAACAUCAGCCAUUUUCCUUUCAUACUUCUGUUUACCAUCUUGGUUCCUUUCCCAAUCCUUGAAGAAAUCUGCUUUUCUUUUCAUAACCCUAGAAACUGAAGAUUCAUAAAUUCAUGCCUAUAUAUAAUACCUUUUGAAUCCUCAAUUCCUUCAAACUUAAAAUAUCCAUUAGCUUGCACUUCUUUUGUUGAGGCAUCUGGAAGUUCAACUUUCAUUCCAUCACAUAACGCUAACAAAUAGGUGGAAGUCAAUACUCGGGCACAUUGGGCUGUACUGAAUUCCAUUAGAUCGAAGGAUGAGAGCCUUAUGUUCAAAAGGUGACAAACCUCAUUAGUGGGACUUCUGCAGACCAUAAGCAGGAAUUACAACAAGAAAAUUGCAAUAAAAUAAAUUUUUCACAAUAGAAAAUAUGAUGGACAAAAUCAACACGUUUUGGCUGUAUGUAAACAAGAAUUGUAAUUAAUUGACUUGUAAACCAAUAUGAAAAUCUUAGUGCAACCCCAAACCAAGGGCCCCAGCUGAAGGCAUUGAAGUGUAGUGUAAAACUCCCACUGGAAGCUGUCUUGUAUUUCCUGGGCUUGGCCCUGUAUUGAGUACAACUCCAAUCCAAUGUGAAGUGGGGUUUAGUAAGUUCUCUGGCAGUCCUUUGGGCCACUUGUGAAGUUUUGAGAAAAUGCUUUGCCUCAUUCUGAAACCUUCUCUGUUGCUGCUUGUUCACAUAAUUGACAGAACUCUCCUAUUCAGGGAAAAGUGCAGUUUGCAGUCCUUGACUGUUGCCAGCUGUACUUUGUACCCCACAAUUACCAACCCCAAACUGCCAUUACGAUAAAAUGUAGCCUAAAAAAACAUAGCUGUUGUUCUGGAUCUUGGAGUGAAAUAAUCUCUAAAGUCAAUAUCCAUGAACAUACUCAAAGCCUUAGAAAACACUGAUUAAAACCCCCCCACAGAUUUUACUAGGGUGAAUAAUUACUGGAAUGGUUGCUCAAAUAUGUAGUCUGAUCAUGAAUAUGCUGAGGUUGUCUACAGGAUAGCAAUCAUUAAGUUUUUACUAGACUAGAAUAAGUGCAAUAAGAACUGAAUUUAUGAGAACACAAUAUCUGUUCCAAGCUUUUAAAAUCUAGUCACAUUUUUCCAUGAUAGCUCUUUUUCACAUGUCCUAUUAUUUGGUUGGAAAAAUAGGAUUCUAUUGCAGUGAUUGUUUCACAUGAAUGUGAAUUUCAGCAUCAUGGAGGAUUCCUCUGUGUGCAAUGUAUAAACCUUUUCUAAUAUAAACAGGUUUAUGAUGUUAUAUGAAGGAAAUUUUCCCCCACCCCACAUUGGAAAAUGUUAAUAAUAGAAUUUCAUUAAGAACAACUGACUAGUUCUGUAUUGGCAUAACCAAGAUAUCGUCUACAAAAAGCAGCUCUGGAAACUAGACAGACCAUACAAAUGUUUAUGCAAACUGUUAAAAACAUAGCCUAACGUGGUUUGUUCACAAUAUCCCUGAUAUAUUGAUAGUCCUGUUAAAAGAUCCGUGAAAACAACUGAUGAAUGUUUUGCCGAUGUUGUCAGCUGCUUUAGAUUAUUGGAUGAAGAUGGCCUUUUUUCUUGUUUAUGAAGUAAAGCCUUUUUAAAUCUCUUUUUCUUGCUUUUAUAGAAUUCUGUCACCAUGUGACCAACAGAAUAGGUAACUAGCCUGAUUUUAGUGGCUCAUGAAUGCCACUGUUGAGCUAGGCACUAGAGAAUGAAACAGACUCUGACCUCCAUCUUUAUAAUGAGGCACUUACUGCUCUGCACUAUAUAAGCACCUCAAAAUAGCAUGACUAACAAUAGGGACUGGGCAUGUAUAGAGAAUAGUGAGCCCCUUGUCCAUGGGGAUAUGCUAGCAUCUAGCAUUUCUACUCGCAGAAAUUUGGAAUGUACUCAGGAAUUCACCAGAUCACAAUAUCUUGAGGCUUUUUUUGCUCCUGUGCUAUAUGUUGAUUGCAAAAGAACUGCUCAUAAUUUGUUCCUGUCCCAUCCGAUGUACAUUAUUGAAUAUUUCCCCAGUCAACAACAAUAACUUGCACUUUUCUAGCAUCUUUAACAAAACAGAACUUCCAAAUGCUUCACAGGCAAAAUGCACAGGAAAUUGGACAGUUAUGAGAGAAAGAUUAGGGUUGGUGACUGAACAAGCGAUCAAAGCGAUAGAUUUUGAUGAGGCUUUUGUAGGAUGAUAGUGCAAUUACAAAGUGGAGGCAUUGAGGAGAGCUUCCCAGAAGGCAGGACCAAAACUGAUAAAGGCUCCACUGCUGAAAGUUGAUUGGAGGGGACAGUAUUCUUUCAUGAACAUGAGCAAUGUUUCAACCAUGUGUAAAGUUUGGUCAAAUGUUCAAUUGUUUGUGAUAAUACGAGUUAUCAUAACAUAAAAUAAGUGAGAUGACCAGCAGCUGCCCAACAGCCAUCACUUUCAUAGGAGCACUUGUUUCCUUUAGGGUUUGCUAUUAAUUUGCGAUGGCCUCUUAUUAUAAUUCUUUAUGUCCAAUUAUGAAUUCAGUUUGCUGAAAUAGUUCUUUACAAACCAAACGUGACAAAUUUAUAACAUAGAAUCUUCUAAAAUGGAAACUUAAAAUUAAAUUUCUUUAGCAGUUAAAAGUCAUAUUUUUAUAUUCUGAAUUUUUUUUAUUUAGACUUAUUUUCACAAUUAAAUGAGGGAAAAUCAAACCCUAUUGUUCUAGCACUUUAAAUUUCAUAAUGCACAAAACUAUUUGUCCCUGACUUUGCAACAUUUUAAUUUGAUCAAUCCAUCAUGACACAAUUAAUUUUUUCAACUCAAAGCCAAAAUACCUUUACAAUUUAUUCCAUUAAUGUAUUCUUGGUUUGGAUCAUUGUGUUGCCAAACACACAUGAAACAACUUGUGCUGUCUUUUUCUGUACAAUACAGUGUCCAUUGUUACCCACAAUGGAACUUAAUUCAGCAUCAGUGGCCCGGUGUAUGCCACCAGCACGCAUGUGGGAUUGAUGUAAAUCAAUUGAAUAUCCUUUUUGUCCAGUCUAGUGACUUAAAUAGAAAACUUAUUGCUGCUAAAUUGUGAUAUGAAUACAUAAAAAACAGCAGUGCACUUCCACCCUAUUUAAACCCAAAAAAUGUUAAACUAGAAUUCUGCCCUCGUGUGCUGAUGUUGAAGUACAGAAUUAACUAUUAGUUGCUGAACCAUGGCUGUUGGAGUAUGAGUUUGGAAUGUGAAAUGUCUGAUAAACCACAAUUACACGCAGUCUUACUGUGUUACCCAUCAACUACCAAGGUCAAAUUUACAAGAUCUCUUCUCAUUGUAACUGUCUGCUUUUUGUUAUGCCUCAUAUAAUUAAAACAAAGCCUUACCAACACCCAUGUUACCUCAUUUGUUUGGUGCAGAUGUACCCACUCUGGUUAUAAAUGGCCUGAUUCAAAGGAAAACUUCUGUCUGUUCCACUGUAUUGCAUAUGCAGAUUCUGUUGCAUUCCACUUUGUUUAUCUUGUUCUUAUGCUUAAUUACCUGAACAUGUUUUAGACUGUAUUUUAUGUAUAGUUUUAAAAGUCAAGUUAAAUCUCAUUUGAUGGACUCAGUUCCUAGUCAUUACCAGGCUACGUUUUGAACCAAACCACUUGAAUAAUCAAUCUGUUAAUGUGCUCUUGAUCCAAAUAACAACUAAAAGAAUGGCAUUGCCCUAAUUAGACAGAAGUGCUAAUUUUGGUUCGACGUUUGGCAUGGACACCAUGGGCUGAAUGACCACCACCUGUGCUGUAAUCAUUCUACGGUUCCAAAUCAAAGCUAAUCUUUGUGAGCCUGUGUGAGUGGGAGGGUUGCAAAUGCUGAGGCAGAUUGCUGUAGUCAAUAGGUGAAGACCUUAUCAUUGCUAAUGUUCUCUAGUAAAAAUACUUGGCAGUGCGAUACAAUAUGUAAUUCAAGUAACUAUUUGGAUGAUUAGUCGCACUGUAAUAAGUGAGCUGAGCAAAAUCCUCCCAAGUUUUGGAGAUUUUAUUGAUACUGCACCUUCAAACAUUGGUUCGUUAUUGUUGAAUUUAGCAGUCUUAAGUUGGUAAUGAUUAUGAUGCAAUGAUAUUGUACUGAUGUAUGACAAUCAGUGCAUUCACAUGCAGGCAUGGUUAAAACCAUCAGUAAUUGAGUAGUUACUUGGGAAUAGCAUUCUUUAUGGACAAAAAUUUGCUUUUUGUGGCAAGUUAGGAGGCGCUUGCCCAAAUAUAUGGCAUCAUGUGAUGACAACAUAUGCUGUCAUAUUGCUGCCAUUUAUUUUCUGCCUAUUCCUUGAACUCAGAUCGUAGAAGACCACAUUUACACUAUGAUUUGCAGUUUGGAUGCCAAACCAUCAGCUAUCAAGAACUGGAGUAUUGCCUCUCUGGUUUGAUGUGGUCUGUCAUUAACCACUGCUCAUGUACAGCCUUCACACAACACUCCCAAAGCACUAAGGUGUUGACACUAAAGGUGGCAUGUGUAUGCAGUGACAUUCUGGACAACCAGAGCAACACUCGGGCAUUUAGAUGUCUGUGAUUGAAUUAUUCCUUCGAACUCUCUAUCCAUCACUUGUUAUUCUCAUAAUGCAUAGUUGGUUUAUUUUUCAAGAAAUCACAACCUUUUUACUGCUAUUUGGGAGAUACGCUGAACACGGUUGAAUUACAUACAAGAUAUAAAAAUGAUACAGUGGUAUCAAACAAGUGGACAGCAUAGCAUCACAGGAACAAUACAGUAAUGCGAGAUUACAGAAAAAUAUGCAGCACUAUGCAUUAUGUAAUUUGUAGAUGUUAUACAUACAAGCUGUUGAACCGUAAAAUAGAUAAAACUCAAUGCCAAGUGGUGCUCAAGAGUAUGUAUUAUCAGCAUAAUAAUGGAAACCAAACAAUUGUGCGAGACUGUUACUAUAUUUGUGAUUCAGUAAUUCCAGCUCGUAAUAUAUGUGGAAAUACAAAUGUUUGCCUAUUGCACUGUUAGUGCAACCAAUGCAUGUGAUGCCAUGUGAUUCAGUUGUCAGACACCUAAAGCCUCAGCAUGUAAAUAAAGAGGCGAAUGCAAGACAUUAGCAGUAAGCGUUCACGAUGUUCAAUUGCAUUGUGGUGUGGGUUCUGGCCAUACUUUUAGAAAUAACUGAAAUAUUUUCAGUUACAUUCAGACUUUUUUAAAUGACAAAUUGAAAACAUUUUUUAUGAUAUUUUUGAUGAUCAAACUGUUAUCCGUUAUGUGAUAAAGCCACUUGAACUGCAAGAGGAAGAUGAUCUUAUGAAGAUAGAAACUUCAAGAACCUGCUUUAUGAUUAAUGAUGCAGCCACAACGAUCAUUGUUAAGCACUGGAAUGAGCAAUUAUGUGGACAGAAACAAGUUUUCUUAUUCAUCUCGCCUCUAUUUUCAAGUACUUCUGAACUAAGCCAGCACAGUCUGGUAAAGGCACUAGCCUGUGCAGAGCAUGAUUAAAUAACAACUGACACUUGCAAUCAAGAAUUAUUGGUGAUGAUUAACCAUUCCAUGAUUAUGAAAGCACAGCAUAUUUUACUGCAGAAUUCUCUUCCCGGUGUUCCCUGCCAAACUGCAAAAUUAUUAAAUAAGGGAACGUUGAUUCAUCCUGUGUAUUGAACGCAAUUACAGAUGUUUACAGUGAUAACACCUUGAACUACCACCAUUCUUUCCAUUCACAUAUAAAGGACUAUGGCAUUUUGAUAGACAGUGCUUGAGUCACUUGUAAAUAAUCCAUGACAUGAUGGGAGUUGCUGACUUUAUCACCUUGUGAAAAGAGCUAACAUUUCAGGCUUAAUAUGCACUGUGCAGCUUAAAGCAUUUUUCUUAAUUGUUUAUUGAUGUAUUUAUUAACAUUUCAUUUAUGGACAUUGUAAACUUUGAUUGAAAAUGUAAAACUUUAAUACAGACCGAUGCAAUCUAACAGUGAUGUAAUAAAGAGCUUAAAUGCUUGUAGCAAUUUU